GUGUGUGUGUUUUGGGUCACCCUCUCUCCGCGCUGCGCUCUGGAUCACUCUCAGCUCGGCGCAUCUUCGAGCUGUUGGAAGAAAUUCCCUCAGAGCAGGAGACGAGCWGAGAGACCCCAUCAAGCAAAAUUAGUUUCAUCAAAACAAACUGUUAAUUUUCAGCGGGAGAAACUCUCACGCUUGAAGCUCGGCUCCUUGGAUCGGACUUGUUUUGGAGUUUUACUGUGUAGCAAUCCGUGGGGGGUGACUCAGAGAACUGAUGAGCGCUGCUUGCGGUGGGAUUGUUUCAUGUUUUGGAGGAAACUCUUGGCAUUGGGAGACGUGGUGAGCGCACAAAGCCCGGACACUGCAGCUGGAGGAGAUGCUGCUGCAGAACUGAGAGGAGAGGAGCUUUUCUUGGUUCUUCCUGAGGAUCGACCAGAGACUGACGUUCGUUCCCCAGCAGCUUCCUCCGUGUUGUUGUCACCUUUGUUUGUGAGGGGACAAUCAUGUUGCUGAAGGAGUACCGCAUCUGCAUGCCUCUGACUGUGGAGGAGUACCGGAUCGGGCAGCUGUACAUGAUCAGCAAACACAGUCACGAGCAGAGUGAGCGUGGAGAAGGUGUGGAGGUGGUGCAGAACGAGCCUUACGAGGAUCCCGAGCACGGAUCCGGACAGUUCACAGAGAAACGAAUCUACCUCAAUAAUAAGCUGCCCAGCUGGGCCCGAGCCGUGGUCCCUAAAAUAUUCUACGUCACAGAAAAGGCUUGGAACUAUUACCCAUACACCAUCACAGAGUACACGUGCUCUUUCCUUCCAAAGUUUUCCAUCCAUAUAGAGAGCAAAUACGAGGACAACAAAGGAAACAAUGAUAAAAUCUUUGACAGUGAGGCCAGAGAUGAGGAAACAGAGGUGUGUUUUGUAGACAUUGCCUACGAUGAGAUCCCUGAGCGCCACUACAAGGAGUCGGAGGAUCUUCGAUACUUCAAGUCAAAGAAGACAGAGCGAGGGGUUCUGCAGGAGGGAUGGAUUGACACUCAAGACCCCAUCAUGUGCUCGUACAAACUGGUUACAGUCAAAUUCGAAGUCUGGGGCUUGCAAACACGUGUGGAACAGUUUGUGCACAAGCUAAUUUUCUUCAUUCAGUUAAUGAGGCGAAAUAAUGAUUGUGAUUCUUCCCUCCUACCAGAUAUGACCAUGGAGGAGGUGAGGGAGUACGAACGCACCACACAGGAAGCCACCAACCUGAAGAUUGGCACCUUCCCCCCCACCAUCUCCAUCUCAGAGACCACCCUGGCAUCCUGCACCCGCAGCGGACCGAACAGCGCCCCGUCCACUCCCCUCUCCACCGAAGCUCCGGACUUCCUGUCGGUGCCCAAGGACCGACCCAGGAAGAAGUCCGCCCCGGAGACGCUGACCCUGCCCGACCCGGGCCGCAGGGAUUCACUCUUCAAGCUGCCCAGCUUUUUCUCCUGGAACUCCAGCCCGCAGCCCGAAUGAGACCUGGACCGCACCGCUUUGAAAACACCCUCAACCUGUCAGUCGGUGCCUGUCCAGCACAACGUCCCCUCAGCCAGAACGAGUGAAGGAGACCUCCCACUGUCCUGGUCAUCCUUGAACCUCAGCUGGUGUUACAGUGAAGCCAACGGCUCUCAGACUGCCUUUAAAAAGGCGCAGCCGGGCAGCUGCAUCCCAAACGAAAAACCCUUCAAGAGUCAAAGCAAAGGCAGCUGAAGCUACWUACAAGAAAUACCCAACCUACAUCGUGCAACGGUCAGCAUGGAGUCCAUGUGUCGCACAUUCCUGCAAGCGUUUUAACUCACAGAUCACUUUGUUUUCAUCCAAGCUCAGGGUGUCGAGAUAAGAUUUAAGGUUCGGUCACCGAAACUUUACAUGUACAAAAUCCAUUUUUUUUGCUGCUUCACCUUUGAACACCUGAGUUUCUGGCUUGUGUUUGUAUUAAUGUGAUGAAGAGUUUGUCAGCCUCUGUAACAAGUAUUAUACUCUGACCUCUCAGGUGUACAAGGAUGAAGUAUGAAGUGUAAAUACUGUAUGAACACUGUUGAUGUCAAAACUAAAACUAUGUCUAGCAGUAAGAAUACUAUGAAAUUUAUGUUUUACAAACAAGACUGUUUGUGUUAUUUAUAGUGAAUAUCUGCCAUAUUGUCCUCGUGUGAUAACAUCAUUUUGACAGAACCCACUUCGACAUUUUCUGCCAAUUUAAUGUUUUCUUUGCUGUCUCAGUCUCUUACGUAACGUGUUUCACCUGAGGUUUUAUUGAUUAUGUGGUGUUGUUCACCUGCUAUAAUCUGUUUGUGUUCGUUGUUGGUGAUGACUCUGUAAAUUAAAUUAUAUCAAAUACUGAUGCAUCGAUAACGGUUUAAAAAAGUCUUUGUUAAUGAAUCUAAAUAAACAGAUUUUAAAAUUGGUAAUGCCGUACACAAAAAUAGUCUAAAAAAAA